AUGGCGUUGUGCUGGGCCCUAGCGCUGCCCACGUCUCCCGUGUCCUCUGCCGGCAAAUACGGAGACCGCUACAUUCCAGCGCGGGCCGGGGCCCAGUGGGGCCUGCACUUCCACGGCCCGGAGGACGCGACCAGGCAGAAGCCGAGAUCCAAAGGCUCGGGCGCGGCCAACGGCAAGAGCGGCCUCGUCUACUCCGCCCUGUUGAAGAACGAGCUGCUGGGAGCGGGCGUCCAGAAAGUCCGGGACGUGAAGGCCGGCGACCUAAGCCUGCAGCCCUCGGCACCACCCAGCAGGAAGCUUUUCACCUACGCCCCCAGCACGGCCCACUGGAGCCCCGACGCCGGCGGCGACGUCUCCCCCUACCCUCUGUCCCCGGUCAGCACCAGAAGUCAGAGCCUGCUCACCUCGGCGCAGCGGCUGACCCGGAACGUCGCCAAGAGCCCCUUCAAGAUCCUCGAGGCCCCCGGACUCCGCGAUGACUUCUACCUGAACCUGUUGGACUGGUCGUGUCUCAACGUCAUCGCCGUGGGCCUGGGCACCCGCGUCUACCUGUGGAGCGCUGCCACGUGCCAGGUGACCAGGCUGUGUGAACUGUCCGGGGACGGCGACUCGUUGACCUCCGUGGGCUGGUCGGAGCGGGGGAAGCUCGUAGCCGUGGGCACGCAGAAAGGCUCGGUGCAGAUCUGGGACGCGGCGGCCGAGAAGAAAGUGUCCACGCUGGAGGGGCACACGGGCAGGGUCGGGGUGCUAGCCUGGAACGCCGACCAGCUUUCCUCGGGGAGCCGGGACACGCGGGUCCUGCAGAGAGACGUCCGGGCGUCGCCCCUGCAGUCUCAGCGCUGGCUGCGAGGGCACGAGCAGGAGGUGUGCGGGCUGCGCUGGGCCCCGGAUCACCAGCUGCUGGCGUCGGGCGGAAACGACAACAAGCUUCUGCUCUGGAACCCGGCCAGUCCGAAGCCCGUGCAGCAGUACGCCAAGCACGGGGCCGCCGUGAAGGCCAUCGCGUGGUCUCCCCACCAGCACGGCCUCUUGGCGUCGGGAGGCGGCUCCGCCGACUGCUGCGUCCGCUUCUGGGACAAGCUGACUGGGCAGCCCCUGCAGCGCAUCAAGACGGGCUCUCAGGUGUGCAACCUGGCCUGGUCCAGACACAGCAACGAGCUGGUGAGCACCCACGGCUACUCGGAGAACCAGAUCGUCGUCUGGAGGUACCCCUCCCUGGCCCAGGUAGCCAGGCUCACGGGGCACACCUACCUGGUUCUCUUCCUUGCCAUGUCACCCGACGGACAGGCCAUCGUGACGGGUGCGGGAGACGAGACCCUGAGGUUCUGGAAUGUGUUCCCCAAAUCUUACUCCUCCUGGGGACCUGGCUCCGCGCUCAAUCUCUUCUCCAGAAUCCGCUAG